AUGGUGAUGCAGCCACCAACCAGCACAGAGAAGGUGGUGCAGGGGUUAAGACCUGGACUUGUCUAUGAAGUCACCCUGAGGGUCCUCUUGUUUUGGACUCCCGUGUGCAAAGACACUCAAAUAACCAUGACAGUGCCUGCUGCACCCCAGAUCACAUUUUUCAAAGCUGUGUCCAGUACUUCCAUAAUGUUUGAAUGGACCACCGUGGUGGGGGUGGUUAACUAUACCUUAAUUGUGGAAGAGUUCUUCAAAUCUCCUCCACAGAGCUUCCAGAACACCUUCACAGAUUCAAAGGGACAAAUUAAUGGUCUGACUCCCUUUACAACUUACAACUGCUACGUUUACGCCUCCAACAGUGCCGGGAGAAGCGCCCAGAGUAAUACAAGGAUAAUCUCAACGCUGGUGCAGCCACCCGCUAAUGUGAAAGUCGUAUCAACGGGAAGAACUACAGCCCAAGUGACUUGGAGCUCAGUAGAUAGAGUCCUGCUUUACCAAGUGACAGUGAGUGACAAUGACAACCCCAACAACCCACCAGUCACUAGAAACACCACAGCCACAUCCAUGGAUAUAAGUAAGCUGAUGCCCUGCUCCAACUACACAGUAGGAGUAUCAUCAUUCAACUUCUUCUUGGUGCCUGGAGAGGCUUCUACUGUUACACACAUUACAGAAACUAUUAAGUCGGUGACAACAGUCUCAGUGGACAACAGCUGCUCCAUUGGAAAGGUGACAGUAAGUUGGGAUUUGGUCAUUGAGGCCAACUUUUACAGAGCCACAGCUGUUGAUGGUACCGGUGCUUCCCGUAACUGUACAUCAGCUUCCACCAGCUGCCAGCUCUCCAUGCUCAAAUGUGGUGAGAAGUAUCAGGUCCAUGUUACAGCCUUCUCUGAUGACUGCGGCAGCACCUCCAACAUAUCCUCAUCGUUUGAGACAGUCCCCUGUGCCCCUGCAAAUCCUCUGAUCUCACACACUUGCUCCAGCAAUGCAGUCAUCUUCAGCUGGCAGCCCAUCAACAACACCCUCUUUUAUGUGGCCACGGCUGUGGACAACAAUGACGAGGUGACAGAGUGUCAAACACUAGACAACAUGUGUUACUUCACUGAUGCAGCCUGCGGUCAGUACUACACAUACCGUGUGUAUGCUGUCACCUCUGGGUGUAACACCGAAGUCAGCCAACCUGUGUUUGUUGAAACCUUUCCCUGCAGCCCCAACAAUGUUGCAGUAUCAGUGGAGUGCAGCCAACAAUCUGCAAGAGUUGAGUGGACGCAGAGCAGCGGCAUUAUAUUGUACAUCAUUGACCUUCAAGAUGAAAGUGGCGAUUCUUACAGCUACGUCUCAAUGGACAGUGCCCGUGUGAUUGCAGGCUUGAGAUGUGGACAAUACUACACUGUUCGUGUUAUUGGCACAGAUUUCAUUUGCAACAGCACUGUCAGCCAGGAGGUUGCUUUUGUGGCAGGACCUUGCCAGCCAAGCAGCAUCGAAGUGAUUACAGACUGUGACGCUGACUCUGCUAACAUAUCCUGGCAACCCAGCAAUGGGGCCUUGGGCUACAUUACUGUGCUCACAGCUUCUUCAGGCCACACAGCCAGCUGCAUCACCAACCACACCAGCUGUCAGCCGAGCUCCCUGCAGUGCGGAGAGGAAUAUAACGUCAUUGUGAAUGCUGUUGGAGAGACCUGUAACAGCAGUGCUCAGAUGACAGGGCACCUCACCACAGAGCCCUGCGUUCCUGUGAAUAUUUCCAUCUACUACAGCAUGAGUACUGCGCAGGUGAUGUGGAACACAGCAGGAGGUCCCGCAUCAUACUCUGUUCAGGCUGUGAGUGACCAUAACUUGACAGUCACCUGUAACACCACCAACAUGCAUUGCUCCCUGACUGCUCUGCAGUGUAGUCACAUCUAUAGCAUCACUGUGAUGACACAAAACCCAGCCUGCAACAACACUGUGAGCUCUGCACCCUACCGCCUCGUGACAGAACCAUGUGCACCUACCAACGUUCAAGCCAGCCUGUCAUGCAAAGAACUUACUUCAACUGUGUCCUGGCAGCAGAGUGCCCUCGCUUUGGCUUACGUUGCCUACUUUGACAACCAAAAUGGCCACUACACCUCCUGUAUUAGCACAAAUACCUCCUGUAUGGUCUCAGAGCUCAUGUGUGACACAGUGUAUAGUGUCUGGGUCAAGGCGCUAGGACAGCAGUACAACAGCUCUGACAGCUCAGUGCCCCAUGCCUGCCCAGAGACAUGA